UGCGCAGCUCGCCAUAUUGCGCAGUAGGGCGUGAGGUGCGUCGAGACUCUCGCGGUUAACAUUGUUUAUUUUUGUUGAGCCCAGUGACCGCUUCUGUCAUUCUUUUAACAUAUAUAUUGCGCUUAACAACGUCUAACAGAGUUCUCGCUCAAAUGAAGAGCUCUUGACGUCUGUCGUCGCUUUAAAUAGUUGUAAAGUCCGCUCAAGUGUGUUACGCGCGGUUAGCCGCUAACAAGAUUCACUUCAAAACCAUCGAAACUGGACGGAUAAACACAGACUCGUUUACAGGACACAGAACAGGUACAGUUUGGAUGGACUCUUCACUGGCGGCAGUGCAUUGCUGAAACGAGUCUGAAGCAGCACACCGGAGUCUCUCUGAAGCCUAUAACCAGCGCAGGAUGUCCAUCACAAACCCCCCCACUAGUAACGACGCCUGUCUGAGCAUCGUGCACAGUCUGAUGUGUCACAGACAAGGCGGCGAGAGCGAGACCUUCGCCAAACGGGCCAUUGAGAGUCUGGUGAAGAAACUGAAGGAGAAGAAAGACGAGCUGGAUUCGCUCAUCACCGCCAUCACCACCAACGGCGCUCAUCCCAGCAAAUGUGUGACCAUACAGAGAACACUAGACGGCCGUCUGCAGGUGGCUGGUCGUAAAGGAUUCCCACAUGUCAUCUAUGCACGGUUGUGGCGAUGGCCGGACCUUCAUAAGAACGAGCUGAAACACGUCAAGUACUGCCAGUUUGCCUUUGACCUGAAGUGUGACAGCGUGUGUGUGAACCCUUACCAUUACGAGAGAGUCGUGUCUCCAGGAAUAGAUUUAUCUGGACUUACACUUUCAGGCUCUGGUCCGUCGGGUCUGAUGGUGAAGGACGAGUAUGAUUAUGAAGGCCAGCAGUCUCUGCCCAGCACUGAGGGACACAUGCAGACGAUUCAACACCCUCCCUCUCGCCCGGUGGCCCAGGAGCCCUUCAACACGCCCUCCAUGCUCCCGCCAGCAGAGGGCAGCAGCUCGGCCUCCACCUCCGCCUUCUCCAGCAUCGCAGUGGGAUCCACAACUCAGCCCAAUAGUGUUCUCUCAGGAAGCCACAGCAGCGAUGGUCUGCUGCAGAUUGCCUCUGGGACGGGGCAGGGCUCACAGCAGAAUGGUUUCCCCCCCGGCCAGCCCUCCACGUACCACCACAACGCCGGCUCCAGCUGGACGAGGAACAGUAACUUCCCCCCCACCGUGCCUCACCAUCAGAACGGUCACCUCCAGCAUCAUCCGCCCAUGGCCCAUCCAGCACACUUCUGGCCCGUUCACAACGAAAUCGCGUUCCAGCCACCGAUAUCCAACCACCCUGCUCCAGAGUACUGGUGCUCCAUCGCUUACUUCGAGAUGGACGUUCAGGUGGGCGAGACCUUUAAAGUUCCCUCGUCCUGUCCCAUCGUGACCGUGGACGGGUACGUGGACCCCUCCGGAGGAGACCGCUUCUGUCUCGGUCAGCUCAGCAACGUCCACCGAACGGAGGCCAUCGAGAGAGCGAGACUGCACAUCGGGAAGGGCGUCCAGCUGGAGUGUAAAGGGGAAGGGGACGUUUGGGUUCGCUGUCUGAGCGAUCACGCCGUCUUCGUCCAGAGCUACUACUUGGAUCGUGAAGCCGGUCGAGCUCCUGGAGACGCUGUGCACAAGAUCUACCCCAGCGCUUACAUCAAGGUGUUUGAUCUGCGUCAGUGUCACAGACAGAUGCAGCAGCAGGCAGCGACCGCACAAGCAGCAGCAGCCGCUCAAGCAGCAGCGGUGGCCGGAAACAUCCCCGGCCCUGGAUCUGUGGGAGGAAUCGCUCCUGCUAUCAGUUUGUCUGCGGCCGCUGGAAUCGGUGUGGAUGACCUCCGCCGGCUCUGCAUCCUGCGCAUGAGCUUCGUGAAGGGCUGGGGUCCGGAUUACCCCCGACAGAGCAUCAAAGAGACGCCCUGCUGGAUCGAGAUCCACCUGCACCGCGCGCUGCAGCUGCUGGACGAGGUCCUGCACACCAUGCCCAUCGCUGACCCCACGCCGCUGGACUGAGACUGAGACUGAGAGUCAACACCAAUCAGAUCCACAGCUGCAUUCACUCAAUUUGAUCAUCUUUGUUUUUACCUGUGUUGCUUUUGUUCUUGAAACAUUCAGACCUUGAAGUGCACAGGAUUUAUUGAUCUAUAUCUAUAUGCAAAAGUGUUUUUCAUGAUGAUGAUGAUGAUGAUGCACAGCGGAGGUGCAUGCUGGGAUUCGGUUGAGUCUGUUUAAAUGAAUUUGUUCCCAGACAUUUUCUUGGUGCGGUUGCUUCACUAGCCAGUAGAGUCUCCCAUUAUGAUGCCAUUUUCAGGUCAUCAUUUUCAUUUAUUUUUCUACUUUGUUUGAUCAUCAUCAUCAUCAUCUCUGUAAUGCAGUCCAGAAUCUCUCAGGCCAGACGUCUGUGGUCUGGAAGUGCGAUGGGAAUCUUGUAGCAGAAGAGGUUUGGACUCGCAGUCGUAUAAACAAGUGUUGCAUGUACCGAAGACAUGUGGUUUCUUUCGUGCUUCUUACUUGCAGCUAAUUGGCGCUUUUUUUUUUUUUGCAAGUUUCUCACUGCAUGCUUCUGAUAUAAUCAUAGCUAGACGUAUUAGUCUAGACUCAUACAUGCACAAGCUGUAUCAACCGGCUUUUUCUUUUCUUUUAGCCAUGUACUACUUCUAGCACUUUAUGCAUGUGUUUUUCUUUCCAUUUUUCAGUUUCUCUUCUCUGCAGCCUGUGAAUAAAAAUGUUCUGCAGCUCUUUUACAGAAAAAAAAAUUGUCUUCA